AUGAGAGAUCUCUGGUCAGAACAUUAUAACAACAUCCAAAAAGAAGAAAAUAAUAAGAAGAAAGCAAUCGAACAGAGUAAAGAUUCAAUCAAAGUAAAGCAAGAACAAUCGCCAAGUCCUAAAGUAGAAAAUCUUGAUCCGAACAAGAGUCACACGAAGACACCGAACAAGCAAAACGAACGUCCAUUAAAGUGUCUUGAAACUCUCGCUCAGAAAGCUGGAAUAACGUUUGACGAAAAGUACGAAAUGGAGAAAUCACAAAGCCCAGCUCAGCAAGUGCAACAACAGCAGCAGCAGCAGCAACAGCAAGCUCAACAAAUGCCACUUCAGAUUACACCUGAACAGUAUCAACAAUUACAACAGUUUCAAAUUCAACAGGCAUACGUUCAACAAGCAGCUGGUCAGCCUGCAACAAUUCAUGUUAAGCAAGAAUAUGCUUCAGCACAACAGCAGCAGCAGCAGCAGCAACAACAAGGAAUAUCGGCAGCUGAUUUGAAAAGCUUACAAGAUCAUCAUCAGAAUCAAAUGCAACAAAUGCAAAUUGUUCAAGAGUCACCGCAAAGUCCACAUCAGAAUUCUCAAAAUGCACUUCAACAAGCAGUUCAAGCUGGUCAAGUUCCUGCUGAAUGGCAACAUGGAAGAGUUCAAGUUCUUCAACAACCAUUGCAAAAUACACAAUAUUUGCCUCAAAUGUAUAGUCCACAGUUGGUGAUGUCUGGAAACUUCGGAUUGGGUCAACAGCAACAAAUUCAAUUGAUUGCAGCUAGUAAGCCAUUCGGUAAUCAGCUUACGCCACAGAUGUUGACAGCUAGUGGAAAACCAGUGUUGACAAGUAGCGCACAAGCGAGUUUUGGUGGUUACCCGCUUCCACCCAUUCCAUCCAGUCAAUCUCAAACUGUCGUGUUUAGUCCAUUGACAUUGAAUGGUGUAACGUUGAAUAGCUCACCACAAGCUCAACAAAACAAUCAGCAAAGUAUUCUACCUACAAUGCAAACACAAUCAACGCCAACAAAGUCUGACAAUCAAAAACAAAUGAGUGGUCAAAAAAUCUUACAAAAAGUAUCUCAAGGUGGUGCCACACAGCAACAACAAACUUUGACUGGAACUACAGCGAAUCAUCAGCAACAAACAAAUCAACAAUGUGUUCAAGUAUCUCAAACUAUGCCAACAGCACAAUUGCUUGGUGGUCAAACGAUGCAAUUUGCUUCACCGUGGCAACUUCAAGGAAUGACGCCAUUUUGGACCAAUGGAAUUCAACCACAAACAUUGUUGACAGCAAACCCUAUUUUCAUUCGUGGUACGAACCCUGAUGGAACGCCAGGAAUGUUUAUUCAACAGAGUCCAACACAAACAGCUCAACAAACUGUUCAAUCUCCCCACAAUCAAAUUUCGCUUGUUGGUAAUAUUACACAAACAUCAACACAAAAAGUACGUCCAGCAUCUGAUAGUUUAACAGCAAAACCCCAACAAACACAACAACGUCCAACAAUUCUACCACAAGGCGCCCAAAUUCGUCCAGCAAGUUCAGCUGUCUCUACACAAACAGCAAUGAAUCAAAAUGCAAAUUUAAUGGCCAAAACGCCUAAAGUAAGAACGAAACAAACUCCAGUACGACCAGCAGCUCCAAAUAUAAAAGUGUCAUUAAACCAACAAACUGGACAACCGACAAUGAUGCAACAGGUGGUGACGCCUGGUGGUGUGAAUAAAAUGGUUGUGAUGAGUAAUAUAAAUGGUCAGUUUACGCCAGUUCUUCAACAAAAUGCUGCUCAACAAAUCUUAGCAAACAAUGACAAGCUUAAGACUCAACAACAGCAACAAGUGAUACUUCAACAGGCAAUGGCUAACAUGACACAAAAUGCAGUGCAGCAACAAAUCGCACAAAUUCAGCUUCAACAGCAGCAACAACAAUUCCUACAGCAAUCACAAAAUGCUCAACAACUUAUGGCAGCACAAUCAGGAAAUAUUCAACAAGUUGUGCUUCAACAGCAUCCGCAACAGUUGCCAACUGUGACGGUGACUUCAGGUGUUAGUCUUCAACAGUCAAUGCCAAAUCAUUUGUCACAGCAACAAGGAAUUAUGACCAAACCUGGAACACAACAAGUCAUGCAAAUGCAGCCAGUGACGUCGCAAAGUGCAUCAGUUCCAUCCUCAUUAGCAAAUUCUCAAAUUGUCACGUCAGUUGCUGGAACUUUAACAGCUGAUACAUCGAAUUCCAUCCUUGGGCCUUUAACAUCACCACAAACACCACUUCAACCGCCACAAAAUCCACUUAUAGCUAUGACAACAUUGUCAGCUUCGCCAAUGUCAGGAAGUGGAACACAGAAAGAGAAAUCUUCUGAAACGACAAGUGUUGAGAAUCGAAAAACACCGCAAGGAACGAUGAGCGUUACUUUGUCACCUAUGAAACGAUCAGCUGAAGAUACAAAGCAAAAUGAUGCUAAGAAAGCAUGCACAGAAGAAUUGAAAAAGCCUGAUGAAUCAACAACAAGUGUCACAACAACUUCAACUGGAAUGUCAUCCCCAGUUGUUAAAACAUCAUCCGCACCAACAACGCCAAUCUCAACAUCGAAAACUUCAACAGUAAAUUCGCCACUUGCUGCACAAAAUGGUGAAAGCGAAGGGAAGAAAUCUGUAAAUACUUCCACAUCAAAUUCUCCAAUGUUGAAGAAUGAAUUACCGAAGGCGAUGGUGAAACCGAAUGUAUUAACACAUGUGAUUGAAGGCUAUGUGAUUCAAGAAUCGACCGAACCAUUUCCAGUUGCUCGUCAAAGAUAUUCUGAGAAAGAGAAUGAUGAGCCACCAACAAAGAAGCAAGCAGCUGAAAGUGGGAAAGGAAAUGAUAUCGUUAAAGUCAAUGGCGAGUCGAGUUCAUCGUCAAGUGUGACAUCAUCAACUGUGACACAAUCGCCAAGUGAUAAAGUUGCAUGUGAACAAUGCGGGAAACUUGAAAAACGAAGUAAAUUGAAGAAAGAACGUUUUUGUUCAAUAAACUGCGCUCGAACAAGGAAAAGCAUUUCUACUGAUGGAUCGCCCUCUGUCAGUAAUGGAGAAGAGAAGAAUCAAGUGUCACAAUCACCAUCACAAAAUAAUGACAAAUUGAAGAGUGAUGGAGAAAAUGGUGAACUGCCGCCUAUUGAAGAGCAUGUUAUGUUGAAAUGGAGCGUCACACAAGUUUGUGAUUUCAUUAAGAAUCUUCCUGGAUGCAGUGAUUAUGCUGAAGAUUUCAAACUUCAAGAAAUUGAUGGACAAGCUUUGCUGUUGCUUAAAGAAAAUCAUUUAGUGAGUGCAAUGGGCAUGAAGCUGGGACCAGCUUUGAAAAUUGUUAACAAGAUUGAAUCGAUGAGAGUAUCGAAGGAAGCAGAACCAACUGAGACACCACCAGAACAACAGUAAAGUUCAUAAAUUUUAAGUGAAUAAUUCAAAUCUCUAGAUUUAACUAAUGAAACUAAUUUUUCAAAAUGUAAAUAUUUUAAACGUAAAUUAAAUUUAAAAAAUGGAAAAGAAUUUGUAUAACUAAGAUUAGGAGAAUUAAUUGAAUAAGAAAAAUUGUCAAAUAUGUAUUUAAUGUUCCUCGUCAAGCUCUGAAUAAAUAACUUCAAUGAAAAUAUUUCAAGUUUUAUUUUGAGUGAAUUUUCAGGGAUCGAAAUCGUAA